GUACUUUCGCUUCACGGUUUUUCUGUUUCUCCCUCACGCAUAACAUUCUUUAUAUACCAUUCUUGCCUGUUUGUUUUUUACUGUAAUUCCAAACCCAAAUCAUUUUAAUCUUAACGGUCGAUGCUUCCUUUCCCUCUGUUGAAAUGUCGAACACCGUGAAACGAUGCUUGAGGAUCAGCUAUGUGGUCCUUACCUUCUGCUCCGCACUCUUUUUCGGUGCUCUCAAAGGUUUAUCGGUGGGUCCUGUUGCCAGCCUUAUUCUGAUACUUGGUAACGCUGGGGUAAUGGUGGGGCUCUUCCCUGCUCAUGUUUACUGGACUGUCUAUACCAUCAUUAAGACUAAUCGGUUUGAUAUACCGCUCAAAAUUGCUUUCCUAUUCGCUUUGCCGGCAUUGUUUGGCAUUUGGUUGGGUAUUGCAAUUGCUGGGAGUUUUAUCGUUGGAGUUGGCUAUGGAUUCUUCACACCUUGGGUAUGUACUUUUGAAGCUUUCAGACAAGAUACUAAACUGAAGAAGUUCAUCCAUUGUAUUAUGGAUGGAACCUGGGAAACAAUAAAAGGGAGUUGUGCUGUGGUCCGUGAUUUUGCCGAUCUCUGUUACCAUUCGUACCCUGUUUACUUGAAGGAGUUACGAGAAUCCAAUUCAAGUUCUGAUGAACCUCAAACUCUGAGGUUGAUACAUGUACCAGCGUGUAUCAUUGUGGGGUUGAUGGGGCUAAUAGUGGAAAUCCCUCUAUAUACUGCCAUUGCAGUAUUAAAAAGUCCAUGCAUGCUUUUCAAGGGCUGGCAUCGCUUGCUACAUGAUCUAGUGACCCGAGAAGGUCCAUUCUUUGAAAUAGCCUGUAUCCCAAUUGCCGGGUUGACAAUCAUUCUGUGGCCACUAGUUGUCAUCGGGAGCAUACUGUUGGCUAUUUUCUCGAGCAUUUUCAUUGGGAUUUAUGGAUCUGCUAUAGUGUUUCAGGAGAGAUCUUUCCGGAGAGGUAUGUCUUCCAUAAUUGCCAUGGUUGCAGAGUUUGAUGAGUACACAAAUGACUGGCUUUACCUAAGAGAGGGGUCCAUCCUUCCAAAGCCCCAGUACCGAAAGAAGGGGGUAUCUCACUCAACAGAUUUUUCUCUUGAAGAAAGUCAUGAGGCAAAAGGCAAGUUCAGCUCUGUUUAUGACGAAGCACCUGCAAUACAUGUGUCAAGGUUAAGUCCCUCAAGCUCUGUCAAAGAGACGAUACAAGAAGUGAAAAUGGUGCAGGUAUGGGGCCAAAUGAUUAAGACUUUUGAAAUCAGGGGUAAGGAAUUGUUGGACGCCAAUGCCAUAACCACGGCUGACCUUGAUCAGUGGUUGAAGACAGAAGACAACGAUGAAGCACCCAUAGUUGGCAUUGGUUUGGCUUCUUAUUCAUUCUUUCAUUUUCUCCUCGACUCUAUCAAAUCUGGAGCAGGUGGCUUACUAUUGUAUGAUAGAGUUGAAGUCACGCAUAUGAAUCGACCGCAGGACCUGUUGUUGGACUGGUUCUACCAUCCUUUCAUGGUCUUAAAGGACCAGAUCAACGUCAUAAAUAUGGAAGAGAGUGAGGUGAGAUUUUUGGAGAAGGUUUUGCUCUUUGGUUUUGGUACUCAACGCAUGAAAGCUUGGGAAAAUGAUUGUGUGGUUCCUCAAGAUGCUCUCAGAGCAGCUCAAAUUCAAGGCAUCAGCCGCAGAUUGACAGGAAUUACAAAGGGUAUAUCAAAAUUCCCAACUUACAGAAGGAAAUUUCACCAUGUAGUUAAGACUCUAAUGACAUAUUCUCUUGGGGAAGGCACUUCUGGAUCCGCCAACUUGAUCAAAUUAGCUGGUUCCAUUGAUCUUGUCUAGACCAAAAAAAGCUCAUUAUCCUGUUCUUUUUGUACCAAUUCUUACUUUAUGUGUUGCUAAGUUCAAUGAAACGACUGAAAGAUCAAGUUCUUGCAGUUUGGGUUCCAACGGAUGUUAGGUGUACUACUCUGCACUGUAUUUGUUUGGAUGAAAAUUGAAAACAAAAGGAGUCAUAACUAUAGCAACUGUGGCUGGGGAGGAAUCAUAUCACAUUGAAGCUCCUUGUGCUAUUAGAUCAGUAAGACUUAAUUACAUAAAUUUGGACUCUCUUUCAAUUCAUGGCUGCAGUACAACUCA